GACAUGGAGCCUGGAACAGGCAUGCAGCCAGAGGCCCAAAAGCAGGCUUUGAGAGAAGAGCUGUCCAGUCUGCUUGGGAAGUGUGAAAAACUGGAGAAGAGCAAAUGCCAGCUGCAAGAAGAGAUGACAAAACUCCAUCAUCGACUGGAGACUUUGGGGCUGGAUGGCAGCCAAACAGAACAAUGGAAAAGAGAGGUGGCAGAACGAGCUGACCAGGAAAUAAGUCCAAAGCUACAAGACGUCAGCCUCGUUUUGCCAGCACAGGCAGCCCACCAGGACACAUCAGGACAAAUCGCAGACAGUCAUUGUGAUUCCAUGAGAAUCCAGUUGGAAGAAAGAAUUAGAGAUCUGGAAAGUGAAUUGGACAGGGUCAAAAACACCCAACAAGAGAGUGCUUCUCGGAAAGAAGCAACACAGGGACAAAUGGAAAUGUACAAGGAGCUGUAUCUGGAGGAAGUGACAACCAGAAGAUGCCUUGCCAAGAAACUGGAAAGGUUGGAAAAGCUUCUGAGGAUAGACAGGAGGAAAGUCAGGGUUAAUGAAAAGAAAGAAAGCCAGUCCCAGCUGGAAGAAAUGAAGAGCAGAUAUUCUGAAAAGGUCAAGGAAGUUGAUAGAUUACGAACAGAGGUUGCUGAACUUUCCCAGCAGCUGGACAGGGAACGUGAACAGUGCACGCAGCUGGAAGCCAAAAACCAGGCUUUGCAAGAAGAGCUGUCUGCCCUGCGUGGGGAGUGCGAGAACCUGGCCAUGGACAAAUGCCAGCUGCAAGAAGAGCUGGCAAAACUGCAGCAUCACUUGGAGACCAACGUGGUGGAUCGCAGCCAACUAGAACAACAUAAAAGAGAGGUGGAAGAACGAGCAGACCAGGAAAUAAGGCAAAAACUCCAAGAAGUCAAUGAGUUUUUGCAAGCACAGGCAGCCCACCAGGACACCUUAGAAGAAAUCAGAAGCAGUCAUUUGGACUCACUGAAAAAGCAGAUGGAAGACAGAAUUAGAGAUCUUGAACGUGCACUGGGAAGGAGAAAAAGCAACCAAGCAGAAAGACCUUUUCCAGAAGAAUCCACCCAGGCAGAAGUGGACAAAUACAAAGAGCUGUAUCUGGUGGAAGCCAAAACCAGAAAAAGCCUCGCCAAGAAACUGGAAAGAGCUAAUGAGAGACUUGCAGAGGCCAACACCAAGCUCCUUUGGGAGCGCCACAGAAGCAGAUCUGCAGUCCCAAGCAGCGCUGUCAGCGGAGUUCUGGCUGCAAGUCCACUUCUGGAUUCACCUGGCCUGGGACAUCUUGGCAUCAGUUUGGGGCUGAGCAGAAGCCUGGGUCUCAGAACAGCACCCAGACACCUGUGGUAAAGCUGAAGACAGGAUGCUCCAAAGGGCCACGGCAGACCUCGAUGAAGAAGGUGGGAUCUACAUCCCAUAUCGUACCCAUGGAAGCCUUUUCAACCUAAG